GCCAGCAGUGCCAGCCGCGACAACUUGUGCCCGGAGAUCGGCAGCAGCAGCAGCAGCAGCCAGCAUCAACAGCAGCCGCACCAUCAGCAGCGCCACUCGCACUCGCACCAGCACUUGGUGCGCCAGUCUCUGGUGAGUCUCAGCAACGGGCAGCCGGCGGCUUCAUCAUCUCCAGCGGCGCCGGACAGCGUCUCGCUGCUGCGGGCGUCGGGCGAUGAUCAGCACAGGUCCUCCCAGCAGCAGCAGCAGCAGCAGCAACAGCAGCAACAGCAUCUACUCCAGCAACAGGGUCAACGGCAGAGGAGCAGCAGCAGCCGGCUAUCCACCAGUGGCAUCUCCAAGCAAAACUCCAGCGACAGCAGGAGCGGCCUGCGCAUCCUCGAUCACAGCAGUCACAGUCCGGUGAGCUGUGGCACCCAAAGCGUGAGCAGCACUGGCGGCCAGUCGGCGCUCUACGAUGCCUGUCACGAGUAUUCGCGUAGCUUGAGUGCAGCGGCGGCGGCGUCGUCAGAAGGUGCAGCCGGAUCGCUGCUCAAGAGCCACUACAGUGAUCAGCAGUUGGCCCAUCCAGAGCCAGAUCCAGAGCCGGAUCCGGAAAGGGAUAGAGACAGGGAUCGGGACAGGGACAGGGAGCGAGAGAGACGCCAUCUGACCAACCUGAACCUCAACCUGAACAGCGAGUACGACUACAGUGGCAGCGACAAGCAGCAGCUGGUGAACGAGACUUACAUCUUCAAGUGCAUCGCCAAUAGUCCCUCGUUCCUGCGCACCAACAAGAUCAAGGAGCAGUCCAAGAAGCUGCGCAAUCUCUCCCUGAAGACACGCACAGCGAAGAAGAAGGGCCAGAUCAUCUCCAAGUCGAACGCGGUGUCGGAUAACUCACUGCAUCCGGGCGACAAGUACCUGAACUUGUAUCUGGUGGAGAAGAAGCAUUCGCUGCAGCCGCAGGUGGCCAGCUCCAGCUCUACGCCCCAUCCGCAGCAGGCCUCCUCGGCGCCGGCCAGCUCAUCUUCCACGUGCACCCGUUCACAGCAGCCACAGUUGCCAGCCUUAUCCGCGGUCGCUGCCCGCCAGCAACAGUUGCUGCUGAACGGUUCGCUCAAGGGCAAGACCAAGACAUUGCCAGCCGGCGGCCACCGGGCGUCGGUGAGGAGCGAGAGUGGAAGCGGAGGGAGCAGCCACACCAUUCCGGCGACGGGCAAGAGUCCGGCGCAGGUGCCGCAAUCGCUGGCGGCCAAGAUCAGUAGCAGCUCGGCUAGCGGCAGCAAGAACUGCAACCUGCUCAGCGCCAGCAGCAACUCAUGCCACAAGCUGCAUGCCCACGCACACGGCCACGGACUGGGAGCAGCAGGCACUGGAUCAGGGACAGGAUCUGGAGCAGGAGCAGGAACUGGGCACGCGCAUUACGCAGCGGCCGCCUCGCCCAAGAGCUCGGUGAGCAGCAACGGGCAUCUGAACAAGUACUGCCUCACGGACCUCACGCGCCGCAAGGCCGAGUUCAAUCGCCAGCUCAGCGCCCCGACGGACUACACCCAUCACUCGUCCAGCAACGGGUCGCAGCAGGAGGGCUCCUCGGAGGCCAACGAGGGUCACGAGCCGGUCGGGGAGUCCACCAUCACGGUAGCCAGUGCCGGUGUGCCAUAUCCGCAUCCGUACUCGUAUCCGUAUCACUAUCCCCAUCAGGCCUCGGCCACAGCGCCGGCCAAUCUCAAGGCGUCCCUGCAGCUCCACAGCUUCGGGGGCCACCAUCCGUGUCCUUAUCCAUCGCGGCCCACGUCCACCUCGUGCACGAACAGCUUCAACCGGCGUCACAUCCGUCGGCACAAGGGCAAGCUCGGCGAUCGCCUGCUGAGCGGCGAUAGUGAGGAAUCGGUACGCUGCUCCUAUUGCUCGGUGCUGAAUGUGAACGAGAACGACCUGCGCAUUUCGUUUGAAAACACCUGCACCGACUCACUGGUCACCGCUUUCGAUGAUGAGGCCCUGCUAAUAUGCGACCAAGGAACCGAAAUGGUACACUUUGAUGACGUGUCGUUGUACGGCACUCCGAAAGAGGAGCCCAUGCCCAACAUACCGAUCGUUUCGGAAAAAGUCUCUGCGAAUUUCCUAAAAAGUCAAUUGCAAUCAUGGUUCCAGCCGACGGACAAUCGUUUGGCCAUGAAACUGUUUGGCAGCCGCAAGGCGCUGGUCAAGGAGCGCAUACGUCAGAAAACUUCCGGGCAUUGGGUCAUACACCCGUGCAGUUCAUUCAGGUUUUACUGGGACCUUUGCAUGCUUUUAUUAUUAGUAGCAAAUCUUAUUAUCCUGCCAGUCGCAAUAUCAUUCUUCAACGAUGAUCUGAGCACACGAUGGAUUGCCUUCAACUGCCUAAGUGAUACUAUUUUUUUAAUAGAUAUUGUAGUCAAUUUUAGAACAGGAAUUAUGCAACAAGACAACGCUGAACAAGUAAUAUUGGAUCCAAAGCUUAUAGCUAAACACUAUUUAAGAACUUGGUUUUUUCUCGAUUUGAUUUCGUCGAUACCGCUAGAUUAUAUAUUUUUAAUUUUCAAUCAAGUAAGUUAACGUAUGUAAGAAACAGUACGAUACAUUUUGAUUAAGAUUAUGAAAUUGCAGGAUUUCUCUGAUUCUUUUCAAAUAUUGCAUGCCGGACGCGCCCUGCGCAUCCUGCGCCUGGCCAAGCUGCUCUCCCUGGUGCGACUGCUCCGACUGUCCCGCCUCGUGCGCUAUGUGUCCCAAUGGGAGGAGGUCUAUAUUCUGCAGAAUCUACAGAAAAAAAGUGCUGAUCGCAGAGGGAGAAUGCACAGAAAAGACAAAGAUGGCUUGACAAAAAGCAACCUAAUUCUCAAGUUCCUCAAUAUGGCCUCGGUCUUCAUGAGGAUCUUCAAUUUAAUUUGCAUGAUGCUCCUGAUCGGCCAUUGGAGCGGUUGCUUGCAGUUCUUAGUGCCAAUGUUGCAGGGUUUUCCAUCCAACUCCUGGGUCUCCAUCAACGAGUUGCAGGAAUCCUACUGGCUGGAGCAGUUCUGGGCAUUGUUUAAGGCCAUGUCGCACAUGCUUUGCAUAGGCUAUGGCAGAUUCCCACCACAAUCACUGACAGACAUGUGGCUAACGAUGCUAUCGAUGAUAUCCGGGGCCACCUGUUAUGCAUUGUCUGGUCAUGCGACCAAUCUCAUCCAGAGCUUAGACUCUAGCCGGCGCCAGUACCGCGAGAAGGUCAAGCAGGUGGAGGAGUACAUGGCCUAUCGCAAGCUACCGCGUGAUAUGCGGCAGAGGAUAACGGAAUACUUCGAGCAUCGGUACCAGGGUAAAUUCUUCGAUGAAGAGUUGAUACUUGGCGAGUUGAGCGAGAAAUUGCGCGAGGAUGUCAUCAACUACAACUGCAGAUCCCUCGUGGCGUCAGUGCCUUUUUUUGCUAAUGCCGAUUCGAAUUUCGUUUCCGACGUAGUUACCAAACUGAAAUACGAAGUUUUCCAACCAGGUGAUAUUAUCAUAAAGGAGGGUACGAUCGGUACAAAGAUGUACUUCAUACAGGAGGGCGUGGUGGACAUUGUCAUGGCCAACGGCGAGGUUGCCACCUCACUAUCGGACGGCUCUUACUUUGGUGAGAUCUGUCUGCUGACCAAUGCGCGUCGUGUGGCCAGCGUGCGAGCCGAAACCUAUUGCAAUCUAUUCUCGUUGAGCGUGGAUCAUUUCAAUUGCGUUCUGGAUCAAUAUCCGCUGAUGCGCAAGACCAUGGAGACUGUGGCCGCCGAGCGGUUGAACAAGAUUGGCAAGAAUCCAAACAUAAUGCAGCAGAAGGACGAGCAGCUGAGCAAUCCAGAGUCGAACACGAUCACGGCUGUGGUGAAUGCUCUGGCUGCCGAAGCGGAUGACUGCAAAGAUGAUGACAUGGAUCUCAAGGAGAAUUUACUGCAUGGGUCAGAGUCGAGCAUUGCUGAGCCGGUGCAGACGAUACGAGAGGGAUUGCCGCGACCGAGGAGCGGCGAGUUCCGUGCUCUGUUCGAGGGCAACACUCCAUGACACUGAGGCACGACGACUAUGAUGAUGAUGAGGACGACUAGCGGUGCCGGUGGGCACCGGGCAACCAUCUGAGUCCAUCGGCUCGCAGGACACUCACUCAGCCACAUCUCGACAUCCACACUCACACUCACACACAAGACUCCCAUUCACUCACACAUGCGUAUAUAAUAAUUUAGUAAAAGGAACCCCAAGACGCGAUAAGAGUACACUAAAAAAGAAUCAAUUUAUGGUAGACACUCUAUAUAUGCAAUUGCGAUUUAGUAGAAAAACGUAUUAAAAAUGAAAAAUAAAAAAAAAAAAAACAAACAAAAAAAGAACAAACAAAACAAUUACACAAAAAAUGUCCUCAAUAAUUAUUCAUAAUUUCAGCUCCGCUAACUGUGAUGACUUUAAUAUAAGAAUCGAAAAAAAAAUUAACAAAAAAAAGUGAAACCGAGACACAGAGAAACCGAGUACAUACAGAUAUAAAUUAUACGAUAGAGAAGAACUCAGCAGCAGCCAGCAGACAAGACGACAGAUCAGAUCAGAAAAUCACAACCACGCAGCCAUAGAAGAAUUGCCACACACACACACACACAACACAAGACACUCAGACACACCACAUACUAGAUACCGACAUAUAAAGUAAAUCUACAUCUAAGUUUUAUGCCCACGAUAUUGUAACGAUAACGAAGUGAAUAGACUUUUGAAUUGCUACACAUAGGUGUUAGUCCUAUGGACCUAC